CAUGCUGAAUUCUAAUAAUUUCAAGGUUAGUGCACCCUGGGAUGGCAACCGAGCCUCCAGCCGUCCCACAGUGCUGUCCAAUAUCUCUCAGUUCAGGGUAAACACUGUAACAGACAUUACGCUUGAUUGUUCAGGUUCAGGAUUAUUAACCAAGCAGGAAGAUAAUGGACAAAAAUAAUGAGCGAGAAUGCAACGAAGACUUGAUAAGGGAGAGAAGGAAAUGUAAUUUUAACAUAGAGGAACUUACAAACAUUGUGGAUGGUGGGAAGGCAAGAACAGCUAGACGCCGGGAAAUACAGAGACUAUUGAUAAAUGACCCAGAGUUCUUAGAUGAAAUUCCUCAAGACUACAUGAGUCACGAGGAUCGUUAUAGCAAUGAGUUACGUAAGUCGGCCCACUUGAUGCAGAAGCUUGCCGACCAGGAAUCAGGACAUGACAUACACCAGGAUAUAGGAGCUCUAACAGGAAUUUUGAAGGAUGGGAAUCCAUUAAUGGUCCACCUGUCCAUGUUUAUCCCAGCAAUACUUGGACAGGCAAACUCAGAACAGCAAGAGAAAUGGCUGGGUCGUUCUCUACGGAAUGAAAUUAUUGGCACCUAUGCUCAGACGGAGUUGGGACACGGAACGUUUGUGAGAGGGCUGGAGACAAGGGCUACUUAUGACCCACAGUUUGAGGAGUUUGUACUGCACACUCCCACCAUAACAGCAACCAAGUGGUGGCCAGGAGGAUUUCCCAAUUUUUGUGUUUCAAUAGGUAUCACUCUUGGAGAGAUCGGACCACGUUUAGGACUGAAUUCUAAUGACAAUGGGUUCUUAAAGUUUGAGAACCACCGUAUCCCUCGCACAAAUAUGCUGAUGAAGCAUUCACAAGUUCUUAAGGAUGGAAUUUAUGUUAAGCCGCUACACAACAAAUUAUCUUAUGGGACAAUGAUGCUAGUUCGCGUAGGUAUUGUUGGUGCUUGCAGCAGAAGCCUACAAUAUGCAGUCACAAUAGCAACACGUUAUUCUGCUGUGCGUCACCAAUCCGAAAUCGUUCCUGGACAACCUGAACCUCAGAUACUGGAUUAUCAGACUCAACAGUAUAAAGUGAUUCCGCAAAUCGCCUCAGUAUUUGCUUUAAUCUUCUCAGCCAGGAGUCUUUCAAAGAUACAGUCAAGCGUGACAGCGAAAUUGAAGGAUGGUAAUACUGAUCUCUUGCCAGAGCUGCAUUCCCUUUCAAGUGGGCUGAAAGCUCUGAGCUCAAGUGAUGCUUCCUGGGGGGUUGAAGUCUGUCGCUUGGCUUGUGGAGGACACGGAUACUUAGCGUCGUCCAACCUGCCACGCACCUAUACCGGCACUACCUGCGCCAUUACCUACGAGGGAGAGAACACUGUCUUGCUGCUCCAGGUUGCCAGGUACUUGAUUAAGUCGUACCGUUCGAUUGGCAAAGAGACUGGUGCUUCAUCUGUUUCUUACCUCGCUGAUCAAACUUCCUUGGCAUCAUCAUCAUCAAGUUUUUCCAAUAAAGCUCUGGUCCAAGCAUUCAAGUUGUCAGCCUUGUCCCUCGUGGCGGAAGCGGAAGCAAGACUUCAGAAGCUGUGCGAUAUGGGACAAGAGUUUUAUCAUGCUUGGAAUUAUUGCUCUGUUCUCCUGCUCAAAUGUGCUGAGGCACAUACACGAUACUACAUUUGUGAGAAAUAUGAGCAGACGGUAGAUUCUCUGAAAGCUAGCGAGGGUGUGAAGAAUGUUCUUCAAAGCCUGUGUCGUCUGUACCUCAUCUAUCACAUCACCCUUACUCAUGGAGACUUCCUCAAGUGUGGAGCACUGACGCCUAGAAACAUAGCUGUUCUGGAGGGUGAGAUGUGUGACCUACUGGCAGUGCUACGACCCCAGGCCGUAUCCAUUGUCGAUGCCUUUGAUAUUCCUGAUGAACUCUUGGGUUCCACCCUGGGAUGUUGGGAUGGUAAUGUUUACCAAAGGUUGUAUGACGAAGCACUCAAAAGUCCUCUGAAUAAGACGGAUGUACCUGACGCAUACUACAAGUACCUUCUUCCACUCAUGAAAUCCAGCCUUUGAGGGAUACCUUCGGUCGAGGCAGUCAUAACUAUUUUUAUUUAUAAUAAUAUAUACAACCUUUAUCUAGUUUUAAGUUUAUUGUUUGAUAUAAGAGUUAAGAGAUGCAUAUAACCUUUUUAACUUCGAGUCUGAAUCCUUUGUACAGCAUUAAAUCCCUUUCUUUCUACAUGACCAAACCAUUAACCGUUCUACUGCUCAUUAAUUCUAUUUUCAUAUUAUUGAUCCAUCUUAAUUCUAAAUUCUUUAUUCUAUAAACAAUAUUUACUCCACAUAUCGUUCAGAAUUACCACGUUUGUGCUGCUUUCUACUUAACUGCAACAGUUUUUCUUUCCAAAGACUUGUAAAUUCACGUAGCUAUAUAAUAUGUGAUGUUUUAAUUUAUUCUUAUUCUUAUCGAAUCAGAGCUCUCGUGGAUAUAUAUUUUUAGUCUUGUUAUUUCACUGAAUAUUUUGCUUUUAUCAGUACCACAGUCAUGUACUUGACUAUGCUAUUUGUGCUUGGGGAUCAACUGCAGCAACACACCUAAAGUCAAUAACAACCCAACAAAAAGCCGCAGUAAGAAUCACGCAAUCCCAUCCCAGGCAACAGUCCCCCACUCUUCAUGGAUCAGAACAUCCACACUUACUACUGUACGGUCUACAUCUACAGGACCUUAAAUUCCAAUAUUAACCCUGGCCUAAAAUGCUUUCUUGAUAGUUGUGACAGGACCCACAGGCAUAACACCAGACACAAACAUCUAUGACAUUCCCCGUGUCCGACUAAACCUUUACAAAAAUUCAGUGGGCCUAAAAUCUGGAACACCCUGCCUGAAAACUCUAGAACUGCAAACACAUUCAUCACCUUCAAAACCACCGUUAGAAAACAUCUUAUCUCCCUGAUACACCCCGUCAGCUAACUACAUGAAAACCACCUGGUAGUUCACACUUACACAUUCACCCAUACCAACUUGCUCCAUAAUCUGUAAUAAUUUAGAGUUAUGAAUUAAUCUUAGUCUGUCCGAAAAGCCUAGUCAUGCUAGGUGUGAUAGUGGCCUCCUCUGUAAUUAGUAUUUUAUAACAUGUAAACCACACAAUAUCGUAAAAUAUGUAAAUCCCGCAUUGUAAUCUUUAUAGAGAAUAAACUUGAUUUGAUUUGAUAA